CCUUUGCGCUUACUGUCGAAAUAGCCCGGACUGGAACUCUUUCGUUUUUGGACAUGUAUCCGCGCUAUAAUAAGUGUAUCCGCCGGGGAAACGACGCGGCAUAUUAUAUCGUCUCACAGCUCUCCUGCCCCUCUGCAACGCAGUGGCCAGCAGUUUCACGCAUUCCCUUUUGCUAAUCUUCGUGCCCUUCUCCCCACCCAAUUCAGCCCCCAAGAACUCCAAUUCGUCUUUUGGACAUCUCAUCUACUCCCAUGAUCAGUAUGCGAUCAUCCUUGUCGGCCCUCCUCCUCUGGAGCGUGGUCCCGCUCAUCCCGGUCGCCUCCGCCGGGGAGUGCAGCUACGGAGAUAUACCACAGAUUAUCGCCCACACCGGCGAACCGGUGGGCAGAGAAGAGAAGUACAACGGAGUGAACCUAUAUAUAUCGGAGCCAGGCUGUGAGAACCCCAAGGUUGGCGUGCUGUACCUCACCGACGUCUUUGGCAUCCAGCUGCUGGAGAACAAGCUGCUCGCCGACUCGUUCGCGCGCGCGGGUUUCCUGGUCGUUGCUCCGGACCUGUUUGACGGCGAGCCGGCGCCCGCGGACUUCGGCACGCCCGGCUUCAACAUCACCGACUUCAUCCUCAAGCACGGGCCCAAUGCGACCGAUCCUAUCGUCGACGUCGGCCUGGCCUACCUUGGCGAGACGGGCGUCGACAAGAUCGCCGCCACGGGCUACUGCUUCGGCGGCCGCUACGCCUUCCGCCUGCUCGCGGCCGGCAAGGGCGUCGACGCGGCCUUCGCCGCCCACCCCAGCCUUCUGGAGGACCGCGAGAUUACGGCCGUCACGAAUCCGAUCAGCGUUGCCGCUGCUGAGAGCGACACGACGAUGUCUCCUGAGAGGCGCUCGCAAAUUGAGGCCCUUCUGGCCGACACCAAGAAGCCGUAUCAGGUCAACCUAUAUAGCGGCACCUCCCACGGGUUCGGUGUGCGUGCCAAUGUCUCCGACCCGCAGCAGAAGUUUGGCAAGGAAUCCGCGUUCUCGCAAGCCGUCAGGUGGUUUGAGGCUUGGGCUGGCGGUGCGCUGUGA